UUGCCUAGGUGUAGGUAUGUCCGUAACGACGGGAAGGAGCGGUUGGUUGCCUUAGGAAGCGCAUUUACAACGCACGCACCGAAUAAUCAAACAAGGCUACCUAUUUCCCUCAGGCUACCUAGCUCUACCUCUUAAGGUACCCCUCGAGCUUCCCUCUCAUCAUUAUCUUAUUUUAUCAAACUCCAGUCGCGAGUCAACAUUUCAUUCCAAGUUAAUAAUAAAAAUACGAAAACGGAAGCAGGAAAUAGAACCGCUUCAAUCUCGGCAUUUCAAAAUACAGCGGUCAAUGCUGCUUCCAAAAUGACGGACAGUCGACCUGAAUCAAGCCCGUACGCCGGACCUCAUACUACCUUACGCUGCGCAGAUGGUCUACCAUUCAGCGUCCCUACGUCAUUAGUUAAUAAGUUCUUCUGGCUGAAUCUUCCCGGAUUGACCCAUUAUUUCAUAAAUGUCCCUAGUGAUUGUGGACAUGUUAUCGUCCACUAUCUCUUCACGGGCACGUACCAGUGUCUUAAGCCAGAGGGCGCGUCACAGCAGGACAGGGAUAUUGCCGAAUUUACUACUUGUGCCCGAGUAUACAAAAUCGCCGGUGACUAUCUGCUGUUCGGCCUAAGAAAUCUCACUAGGGACGAGAUGGAACGUCUGGCACGCCGCUUACAGGUCACGCAACUCCUCGACGUCAUGAAGGAUGUGCACCCAACCAUCAAAGAUACCGAUAUCUGGCUUCGCCAUUUUCUCAAAUCCCUGGUAGAACGCCUCAUCGACAAUCCGUGGAUUCCUAUUUUAUAUGAAUCAUCACAGAGACUUGGUAAUAAUACAUCCAUUGCCAGUGUCCUCGUUGGAACUUCAAUCGAGCUAUGUCGUGCAAAACUUCUGACCUCCCAGCAAAACCCUCCUACCGUCGCUAGCUUUCAUGAUUAUAUUUGCGGCACCCAAGACCGAGGAACCGAACAUUUAGAAGGCAUGCUGGGUCUUAACUUUGACCCGCAAAAGGACAAAAGUGCGAAGGAGAAACAAGGCGAUUUAGGAGAGAACGGAUCAGCAACGGGCUCUAAUCCUUCUGCUGUCCUGACAGAUGGAAACUCAAAGCUGACAGAAGAAAAGGGGCAACAGAGCCAGCAAACCAAGGGAAGUAGCGAAGCUUCUGUGAAAUCUUCCAGCAAUAUUAAUUUGCCCAAGAUUUCACUUGUCGGCGUCGAAGCUUCGGAUUUGGAUUCUGAAUCUGAUAUCACCACACCCGCCAGUGCGGCAAGUGGCGAAUCCAACUUUUGUGCACUGAAUUCUGUCAACGGGACUGGGUAAGGAUAUAGGUGCUUGAGUGUCUGGAAAUUUGCGUGGCUUGCUAACUCGGACGAAGGUCAAUCAGUGAUGGAGGGGCAAGAGUACCGAUCAUUCCCCGUGACAGAUCUAUAUUUGGAGUGCUUCCUGCCGGACAAGUUACGUCGUUCUAUGAAGCCCAGAUUAACCCGAGGGAUUGCAUUGAGAAGUUCCUACAUAUAUGUACACAUCCAGAAUUCAAAAAUAUGUCUCCCGAAGAACUACGGUGGAAACAUAUGCUUUGGGAGCAAUGCGGACAUAAACGGGGCUAGUCAAGCUACGGUGGUGAACAUUUCCAAGUACGCUUUUCAUGCGCUUGCGGAAUAAACAAGGCCUCACUCUGGAGGAGGAAUACCUAACGUCUUUACAGAUUAGUUGAUUUUAUAGUCCACUAGGUACCUAGGUAGGCUUGCUUGUUUAGUCACGAGUUAACCAGUCUGAUUCUUCACGACCUGAAAUUGACGUGGAGAUCUGGAUAAUCGUUCCUCAUGUAAUCAGAUCAAG